AUGGAUGUAACAAAUGAAACAACGGAUAGGUCCGAUCUCCGGCGACCAUUGGUGGAGAAAAAACCUUUUUCGGACGUCGGACUCGAGAGUGUCUUAACGGAGACUAGCCUUUCUUACCGGAGGCGCGUGUACUUAGGCGCGUGCAUAGAGAUGAAACUACUCUUCCGGUUAGCAAUUCCGGCGAUACUUGUGUAUGUAGUCAACAGUGGAAUGAAUAUAUCAGCUCGAAUCUUCGCCGGACAUGUCGGCGGUCAAGAACUCGCCGCCGCGUCCAUCGGAAACAGCUCCUUCAAUCUCGUCUAUGGACUCAUGUUAGGUAUGGGCAGUGCAGUGGAAACAUUAUGUGGACAAGCAUAUGGAGCCCGUCGAUACGAGAUGCUUGGGAUCUAUCUCCAAAGAGCAACAAUUGUCCUUGCUUUAGUGGGUUUGCCCAUGACCUUACUAUACACCUUCUCGUACCCGAUUCUACUCCUAUUAGGCGAACCCAAAACGGUGUCGUACAUGGCAUCUUUAUACAUCGCUGGACUUAUCCCUCAGAUUUUUGCUUACGCCAUUAAUUUCACGGCCCAAAAGUUUCUCCAGGCCCAAAGCGUUGUGAUUCCUAGCGCGUAUAUCUCAGGCGCCGCUCUAUUACUCCAGAUUUUGCUGACGUGGACUGCUGUUUACGUAAUGGGCUUGGGCCUUAUGGGUAUUGCUUAUGUUUUAACCAUCUCGUGGUGGGUUAUUGUUGGGGCCCAAUGUUUGUAUAUUACAUGGAGUCCGAGGUUUAGACACACGUGGACUGGUCUGAGCUGGGCAUCGUUCCGAGGUCUUUGGAGCUUCUUUAAACUCUCUGCUGGAUCUGCUGUUAUGAUUUGUCUGGAAAUGUGGUAUUCUCAGAUUUUGGUUCUUCUCGCCGGUUUACUCAAACAACCGGCUCUCUCUCUAGAUUCUCUCUCCAUUUGUAUGUCAUUUUCAUCAAUAUCCUUCAUGGUCUCUGUCGGCUUCAACGCAGCUGCAAGUGUACGGACAAGUAAUGAGCUUGGAGCAGGGAAUCCGAGAUCGGCGUUUUUCACUACAUGGACGGCGACUUUUGUUUCCUUCGUAAUCUCCGUCGCUGAAGCAAUCGCCGUGAUGAUGUCACGUGAUUACAUUAGCUACAUUUUCACGGCGGAUGCUGACGUGGCGGUUGCCGUCUCCGACCUUUGUCCUUUCCUUGCCGUUACCAUCAUUCUCAACGGAAUUCAGCCCGUCUUGUCUGGAGUGGCAGUGGGAUGUGGAUGGCAAGCAUACGUGGCAUAUGUGAAUGUGGGUUGUUACUAUAUUGUUGGUAUUCCACUUGGGUGUGUUCUUGGCUUCACAUUCGAUUUUCAAGCAAAGGGAAUAUGGACUGGGAUGAUUGGAGGUACUCUCAUGCAAACAUUGAUCUUACUUUACGUUACGUAUCGAACAGAUUGGGAUAAAGAGGUAGAGAAGGCGAGAAAGAGAUUGGAUUUGUGGGACGAGAAGAAAGAGCCUCUUGAAAAUUAG